CCUUCCCCGACUACAUCAUGAGCAAGCACUGUAGUCAGCCAGUACUUCCAGGCAUGAGAGAACAGACAUUGGUUAGGGACUUCUGAAACUGUUAGUCAUGAGGACAGAUAGUGAGAGUAUGCUUCAGUUUGCAGCGGAGGCUUUCCAGUCGAAAAACUUCGACCUAGCUGCGGAUAUCUACGAGUGCCAACUGGCGGGUCUAGGAGAUCCAGGGAACAGACAGGAGCUGAUGGUGAAGCGGGCUGACGCGCUCGCUUUCGGGGGCAAAUUCACAGAAGCUCUAAAUAUGUACCGACAAGCCUCGGAGACAGACAGACUGGGACCAGUUCACCUGAGCAACCUCGUAGACUACCUGGCGGGUAAUAUCAGGAGGCAAGCCGUGGGGGACAGGACCCCGAGCAGGGGAGGUGAAGCAGGGGCGGCGGCGGGAUGCCCGGGAGUCGGUGCCACAGGUUUCGAACAGUUCUCCUGCCGGAUAUGUCUGAGCUUUCUGUUCGAACCGGUGACUCUGCCGUGCGGACACUGCUUCUGUAAGAAGUGUCUGGAAAGGGAGAGGAAGGAUAAGGAGCGGCCGGGGGUCUGCAGAGAGUGCCGGGCCAGCUCCGGGGCAACGGAGGUCCAGAGUUACCGGAUCAACGUGGUGCUUAGCAACCUGCUGGCCAAGUGGUUCCCGACCCCUUACCAUGCCGGCCAGCUGAGGCGGGAGGGCAACGCGCUGUACGCCGAAAGCAGGCUGGAAGCAGCGCUGGAGAAAUACAACCAAGCCAUAGUGAUAGCACCCAUGGACCACAUACUGUUCAGUAACCGCUCCCAGAUCCACUCCAGUCUGAGACACCAUGAGAAGGCUCUGAGAGACGCUGAGAUGACCUGCAGACUCAGGCCUCACUGGUCCAAGGGUCAUGUCCGUAAGGCGCAGGCUCUGGGGUCUCUGGGCAGGACGGAGGAGGCGCUGAGGGAGAACCUGCUCUGUCUGUCCAUAGAGCCUGACUGCAGACUGGCCAGGACUGAGGCUCACAAGCUCCUCAGUGAUCUCCUGGCUCCAGUUACAGAUCAGGUCCCUGAACACAUCUCCGACUACACCAACUUACUGUCUUUCAGAGCUCACAUCAAGAACAGCAUCACCAUCACCACGCCCUCCCAGAUUUUCAGUCCCAGCCUGAUGUCCUCGGCACCUGAGAGAUCAGACGUUGGUGAAGGCAAAGGUCAGAUGAAGCCUGAGGUCAGGAGUCUGGACCACAGCUUCCCCCUUAAAAGAAAAUGGAGCAGCACAGAGGAGAAGGGAGGACAGGAGGGAAGAGAGGAUCACAAGAAAAUCAAAUCUGAGCCAGCAGACGUUACGAAACCCUUGAGUUCUGGAGAUGUCUUUGACCCGGCAGAUCUGGAGUGUUCUCUUUGUAUGAGACUUUUCUACGAGCCGGUGACAACUUCCUGCGGUCACACGUUCUGUCUUCGCUGUCUGGAGCGAUGUCUGGACCACAACCCAAAGUGUCCGCUCUGUAAAGAGGAGCUAUCUGAGUACCUGAUCCAGAGGCAGUACUGUAAGACAGUGGUAGUUGAGAAGCUCAUAUUGAGGUAUUUCCCCUCAGAGUUUAAAGAAAGACAGAAAAUCCACCAGGACGAGAUGGCUGAGCUCUCCAAUCUGAACAAGAACGUGCCUAUAUUCGUGUGCACCAUGGCCUUCCCCACUGUGCCGUGCCCUCUCCAUAUCUUCGAGCCGUGCUACAGGCUGAUGAUCCGACGAUGCAUCGAGACGGGAACCAACUGCUUUGGCAUGUGUCUGGGAGACGACCUCAAAGGGUUUGCAGACUACGGGUGCCUGUUGGAGAUUCGGGAUGUGCAGUUCUUCUCCGACGGCCGCUCAGUUGUGGACACCAUUGGCAAGCGGAGGUUUAAAGUCAUCCAGCACCGCAAGAGGGACGGAUACAACACGGCCGAUAUAGAGUACCUGGAAGAUGAAAAGGUGGAGGGCGUGGCUGAGCGUGAGCUGCAGUGUCUGCAUGACUCGGUGUACGACCAGGCCCUGGUUUGGGUCAACUCCCUGAAGAAGGAGCAGAGGGAACGCAUUGAAGGACACUUUGGACCCAUGCCUCAGAAAGACUCCAAACUUCAGGACAGUCCUAACGGCCCCCUGUGGUGCUGGUGGCUGCUAGCAGUUCUUCCGUUAGAGGGCCGGGCCCAGCUGCCCUUCCUGGCCAUCACCUCUCUGAAGGAUCGCCUCUGCGGCAUCCGCAAGGUGCUUCUCUUCAUGGCCCACAGCAGGCUCCGGUGACAUGUUCUACACACAGCGUUCACCAGGCCUGGAUAAUUCAGUAACCCCCUCUGCCCCGGCAAACACAACCCCCUCCUCAUCCUCCUUUCAAAGCAGCAGUUGACCUGCUGUUCUUCUCCUUUUGGAUGCACAAAAAACUGUUGCACCUUCCUUGAUGUAGCGCCAUGGCCUCCUCUACUCGUCAAAGAUUAUUGUUUGUUAAAUAUCGAUAUCUUUCAUUCAUAAUCUACGUUCAGACAGGACGGGGAAAAUCUGAAACGACUGAUUCAGAAACCAUCCUCACCUUCCAUUGUUACAUUUCUUGUCGCUGUUACAAUGCGCACAUAGUAUAGUGAUACGUUUUUUUGUCCGAUAGACAAAAAACUGUGGUGCUUAUAUGUGUUUGUUUCUCCAAUGUUGCCUUAUUGGCCUUCCUCCAUUUUUGAAGUUCUAUGUUCUUCCUCUUGCACAAAUAUUGUGAAAAACAAACUUUUCAGAUUAUGAGGGACUUGUCCUGUCUGAACAUAGCUUCAAAGCAAAUUCCUGAGAAAAGACUCACACGAGACACCAAGCAUGAGUUUACCUUUUUGUGUAAAUAAACUCACUUCUGUUGCAUAAUAAUGCAAAUUCAGACAUAAUUAAUUGGUAUGCCCAUUACUUAAAGUAGACAUCUGCAGUUAAACCGAUGUGUUUACUAUUCUGCCCCUUUUUUUACCAUAACUUUAAAUGUAUUCCUGGGCUGCUAUGGUCUUCCUUCUGACAUUCUGAUCCCUGUCUGACUCCAUCUAGUGCAGCUGAGUAACAGUUUUACAUAGGCGUGUUUUGAGGCGUUUGUGUGUUCAAUUCAUCAUUUUAUUUUUUUUUUGUCUGAUUUGUUUCCGUUAUUUAUUUUUGCUGUUAUUUAUGCAUGCAGUGACAUUGUUUACAUUUGAGAGAAAGAGAUGUUGAGCUGCUUAUUUUCCAAAGGCUUUAAAAAAUAUAAAUUACCAUUCAUCCCAUAAAUCAUCGAUAAUGCCCUGGUAUCUGUAGGGAGGAAUUACUUUUAAAAAAAACACUCUGUAUACAAUCAUGAGCGGGAAAAACAUGGCCGCCAUUAAAACACUGCCCGGCAUAAACUGUAGUGGGGGCAGAUUCUCUUCCAGGCCACAUAUUUCUAGAUCACUGGUGAGCCAAAUGAGAUGGUUUUUUGUUGUUGUUUUUUUUCCAAUAUCUGAGCUAUAUAAGAUUCCCUCUCUUUAGCGGAGACACUUUUAAGAUAGCCAAUCAGUAAUGCAGAGAGCAACACCUGGAUUUAUGAUUCCAUUAUGUCCUAAAUGUAUUUAUUCAGUAUUUAUUCUGACUUAUUUUGCACUUCCACUUUGAGUAAGGGAAAGAAAUGCCUCAACAUUUGGAUUACCACAGAAUUAAGUUUACUUUGGUGAGCGUAUUUGUAGCAGGCCAACAAUACUGCGAAAAAUCUGUGAUUAUAUGAGAUUGAUGAUGUUUGCUAUGAGUAAAGGCCAGUGCCUUCUGUCCACAGUGUGAAAGAAGUGUGGAACCUUUUUGUAUGAAGUACUACAUACCAUUUUAAGUUUUAUUUCACCUUUUUAUGGACAUUUAUGCAUUAAAAGCAUGACUUCCACAGAAAACAAGUAUGGGAAUAAAAUAACAUUUGAGAAAAGGAUGUCGUUUGACAACGUUUUGAGGCCUUGCUGCUGUCUGUGACAUGACUGUUUUUACAUGGCUAAAGCUAAUCUCUGGAAAAAUGCAAGAGAUUGUUGAGCUUUGCCUUUAGAUCUUUUAUUUUGUAUACAUACAUUUGAUGUUUCUAUCAAUAGGGUUUUUUGUGUUUUUAUAAUUUUGUAAAAUGUUAUGUGUAAGUGCACAGAGAUUAUCAAGUCAAGUUGCAAUGUGACACAAUCAGAACUCAAUGCCUCACUUAUGACCCAAGAGUUCAUGAACUAUUGGAAGAUGAAGUCUUAAGAGAGAGUUUCAUUCGUAAAUAGUUAAGAUGCUAUGAUGCUUAAACUUGGCCGGAAAGGGAAAAGGGUAAAAACAUAUCAGACAGAUAUUCAGAGACUAAUGUACUUCAUGAAAGACGAGAAAGGAAAUACAAUAACAUAAUGUUAUCCUCAUUUUUUAUUUUUAAGAUGUGUACAAAUCAGAAAAAGAAAAUCAGCCUGUACAGUAAAGCAUCCUGAUGUUCUGUCUGGUUUUCUUUACAUUUCUAAUAACAAAAGUUAAAGAGUUACACACAAAUACAUUUGGGCUUGGAACUGAUACCCCUCUGAAUUAUUUUCAAUUUUUGCCUUAAAUUGGGCUUCUUCCAUUUUCACUAACAUAUAUUUAUAUAUAAACAGCAAUGACCACUUAUGUUUGCUCAAGUUUUGAGCAACAACCCGUUCCUCAGAAAACUGGCGGGGAUAUUUGUGAUUAGCAUUAUUAAUAAUAUACCACAAAGCUAUUCUGUUUCGUACUCUAGUUACCUGAAAUAUUACAUAUCCACUUUUGUCUCGGAUAAGCUUCCAUAUGGCUUUCUUUUUGACUCAAUUUAAGAGGAGGAGGAGUUAAACAGGGAACAUAAAGGGUUAUAAUCUAGUUGGGACGUGAAUACACUGUCAGUUUGAAUCCUGAACUUUAGUAUGGGUUAAAGAUGACUUUUCAUGGCUUCAUGGUAUCAUUUUGACAUUUUGUAGCACUUCCAACUUAACAUAAUUCACGCUGACACCGACCUUACAUCGGGUUAGCAUCCCGCUUACUCCUGUAAGCCUAAAAUGGAUUGUACCUUUUGUCAGACAGAAGAAGUGCAACCUUUUUUCUUUUGUUUCCCAGCUAUGCAAAAACAACCAGCAUGAUAUUUUAUUGCCAGUUGAUAUUAUGAUCUUCCAGAAAUUAAACAUUGAUUAUUUAAGUAGUUGAAACUACCUCUAGCAUCCUCCUAGAGCACUCCCAUGUGAAAGAAAAGUAUGUUUCCUAAUUCUCUAAUAUUUUGUGAAUAUGGUUUACUUUGUUGAAAGUGUAAUUUGAGAGUCAAACAAAAUGUGCGCUAUCAUUGCUUCAAAAUGUUAUUUUUCUAAAAUCCCAAUGUUAAAAUGUACCAUUUUCAUCAACAAAACUUAAACUUGUCCAUUUUUAUGUUCCUGUGUAUGUUUGUGAUACUGAUCCCAAAUAUUUGAAGUAUUUGCAGGAGCACUUGAUUUAUCUCACAUGGCCAGGUGAACAAACAAAAAGUAAACAGAGUCAUUAAUAGCAUCUCCUACUGUAUAUCAGAGAAAAGUUUCAUACAACAAUUGUGCUUUACUGACCCUAAUAAUCCUUUUCUUUUUAAAGAAAAGUGCUCCUCAUAUUUUCAAAUAUUUGCAUGGACUUUAGUCAUAUGUUGCUUCCAUCAAAUGCUUUUAACUUCCUGUACUAGUCAAUGGCCUCUACAUGUGUCCUGUCGCACAAAAUGAAUGUAUGAAUGUCUUUUCAUCAGAUGUUUUCUCUAAAUGUUCGUUUUUCAAAGUACAACUUAAGUGAAUAUUACUUUUGCAAAUGUAGUCUUGAAAUUACAACUUGUGAAUAAACCAAAAGGACUGUA